CAGAGCCGAGAGGAGGGUAGGAAAGAGACCCCCGAAUCGUAGCCCCCUCGGGCCAGACCCGGGGCUGUUCUGGAGGGAGGAGAGAGAAAGAAUUGAUGGGGAGGUUCUCAAAGUAAGAGGGCAAAGAGUUGGCAACUUCGUCUCGCCGGCGCCUUUCUCGCAUCUCCAGAGAACUUUGUCCCUCCAGCCUGCGCCCCCUCCAGCCUUGCCAGGGCGACCGGCAGCGCGCAAGAAAGAGAGAGGAGCGGGUCGCGAGUAUGAAUGGGAGCAGAUUCCUACGAGGCGAGUUGGUCGGCGGUGGCAAGGCGCGUGCAUGAACAGACAAGCUUUGGGGGAGAAACAGAGCCGCGGGAACCUCGGAAGCUGCCUUCUGCAGUCAGAGCUUCCGUCCCAUGCAGCUGAAUCUUUGCGCCGAGAGGCGGCUCGACGCCUCUUCGUGGAUAAUCACGCCCCUACUUGGGCACGCUGGGGAUUGAACCCGAGACCUUCCGCAUCAGGCAGGGCAGAGCAGAUGGUCGGUCCUUCCCGCGCGUGAGCGCGCCCUUAACUGAACUGGUUCAGUGUGGCCAUAGCAGUUGUGGCGUGGCGAGGCUCCCUCCGAGUCCCCAGGAUUUACCACGAGGCGAGGAGGAGGAGGAGUCCAGGCCAUGCGUCUCUCCCCGCCGCGAGCAACUUCUCUGCAAAACUUCUGCAAGGCGGCGCGCAACGCUCUCCUCCGGCCUUAGCGUUUGCUGCGCGGGUUUCCAAAGAGGCCAUGCAGCGUGGCUGGGCGCUGCCUUCGCGCCCGGCUUUGGCAGGAGCCUGGGAAGGGUUUCCCUCGAUCCCCGUGCGAUGAGCUUCCUCCUCUCAAGCUGGGGGUCGCCCUCGAUUGCCCUGCACGAUAACCACCCCCCGCCCGGAAAUCGGAGGUGGUGGGCGCCCCGCACCCCAACCCCCGAUAAGCGAGGAUGGACGAGGAAGGGUGGCUGCCGCGGAAGAACCAGUCUUCCCAGCUGGAAAGGGAAGAGGCGGGUCUCUAUCCCGUUUGGGUAGUGGCCCUCCUCGCUGUCGUCCUCAUUGUCACCAUCGCCGUGGACAUUCUGGGCAACCUGCUGGUGAUCCUGUCCGUGUACAAGAACAAGAAGCUGAGGAAAGCAGGGAAUGCCUUUGUGGUCAGCCUGGCUUUUGCAGACUUGCUGGUGGCUCUGUACCCCUACCCACUGGCCCUGAUCGCCAUUUUCCACGACGAGUGGGUCAUGGGCUACCUCCACUGUCAGGUCAGCGGGUUCCUGAUGGGGAUGAGUGUCAUCGGCUCCAUCUUCAACAUCACCGGCAUCGCCCUGAACCGCUACUGCUACAUUUGCCACAGCCUGAAGUACGACAAGGUCUUCUCCCUCGGCAACACACUGGGCUACGUGGGGGUCGUUUGGGCCCUCACCUUGCUGGCCAUCAUGCCAAACCUCUUUGUGGACUCCCUCAGGUACGACCCCCGGGUGUACUCUUGCACUUUUGCCCAGUCCGUCAGCUCCCUUUACACCAUUGCGGUGGUGGUGGUCCAUUUCUUCCUGCCCAUCGCCAUCGUCAGCUUCUGCUACCUGAGGAUCUGGGCCUUGGUGCUCCAGGUGCGUCGGCGAGUCAAGCCCGACGCCCGGCCCAAAAUGAAGCCGCACGACUUCCGGAACUUCCUCACCAUGUUUAUGGUCUUUGUGCUUUUCGCCAUCUGUUGGGCGCCGCUGAACUUGAUUGGCUUUGUCGUGGCUCUGAAGCCAGCUCUGGAACCUUCCAUCCCUAAAUGGCUCUUCACGGGCAGCUACUUCAUGGCGUACUUUAACAGCUGCUUAAACGCUGUGAUUUAUGGAGCCCUGAAUCACAAUUUCCGAAAGGAGUACAAGAAAAUCAUACUAACCCUUUGCCAGAUGGUUUGCAGAACUGACUAAAAGAAAUCCACCGAAGCUCAAAUGGGUUGGAGAGGUUGGGUCUCGGAUAGCAAAGCUUACCAGAAUUCUUUUUAUAACUUGAGAAAUAAUCUGCAAAUGAGUUAUUUGUUACUUGCCUGCAACAGGAUGCUAGUUGGUGGCUUGCCAUGGCUUGUUCAAUGAGGUUUGAGAGUAGCACUUGAGAGCUGUGUUGGCAUAGCAAACAUCAGCUUCCUUAGAUCCUUCUACCACCCACAACCUGCCCCAUUUUUUCUUAUCAGUAAAAUCACUGUGGUGGCUGAUAAGAGCUGAGCCAAAUAAUUCUUAGCAAAUAAUGGUUGUAACAAUUUUGACCUGCUCUCCAUACGGAACAUCUCGCUGGUUUCUCUACUUGAUUCUUAAAGUUUGAGAUUGUUUUUGAGAAGCUAUCCAAUAUCCCCAAAAUGGGCUUGUUGAACGAAGCCCAGGGACCUUGACUAGGAAAGAAUGAUGACUGGUGCUUUCUUUCUCGGUAGAUUUCUUUCUUCAGUAGAUUCCGAGAAUGCAAUCUGCACCAAGCUGCAGGUUUUUGUACAUAGAUCAUCAGCUGUGCUGAGUACACAAAAAUGGUGUGGGGUUGAGAGCGAGAAAUGCUGAAAUUGAAACAAUCGUGGUAUGAACAUUUUUUUUUAUCACAGUUCAAAAAUCUAUGCUCAGCCAUAUGCACAGAUUUUUCUCUUGUGGUUUCUUUGAUCAAAGUGAAAUGAUUUGGAAAAUAUCUGCGUAAUUCACUUUGGCUACUGUCUUUUUUUGGUGGAGGAAUGCAAAACUGAGUGCAAGCUAGGAAAAAGGGACAGGAGAAUGCUAGCUUCCAGGAAGCCCAAUGCAAAACUUCAGGCUGGACUUUUGGAAAGUCCCAUGUUUGUGAGCUAGAGGAGUCAGUGUGCCUGCUCCAAAAUGCUGUUGUUGUUUUUUCCAAAAUGGAAAAUAGGCAAUUUCAGGGAUCUGAUCCCUGAGGCUAUUCCUUGGCUACCUGAAGAAGGGUCUCCCUUGGCUCUUCUUGUUUGGAGUGAAGGUGGGAAUGAGGCCAUGUUCUUCCAGGCAAUGAGAAAAUCGGCUUUCCAUCCUUCCAUUGCUCAUACUUGUCCCAGAGCAGAUUUGAACUCAGCAAGGCAGGGGAUGGAUUCAAGUAGGGGUAGGAUAGUCAGGCCUUACCAGGUCAGUGCACAGUCCAGCAGGAUAAUCUUUCCAGUUUUCUACUGCCCACAUUUUGCUCAUUUGUGCCAAGCACAACCAAGCAUAUGGAAGAAGGCCAGGUCCCUGUCUUUCUAUCUGCCCAGUACAAAGACAUCUCCAGAAAGGGUAAGAGAACCAGAGAGGUCUAUGUAGGGCCUUAGCUUGGUGGUAGAGCAUUAGCUUUGAAUGCUGAAGAUCCCAUUUUCAGUCUCCAGCAUCUCUGUGUAAAGCUGAGGGUCUAAAAUCCUAGAGAGCUGCUGCCAGUCAGUGCAGACCCUACUGAGCUAGAGAGGCCAAUGGUCUGAUUCAGCAGAAGACAUAUUUCUGCAAACUUUCAAAAGGAGUUGAUGGUCAAAUGUGAAUACUAUUGAGAUGGAUGUUCAAAUGAUAAUGGAAAGCCCUUAUAUGAAAAACGGAGGUAGUCAGAAGGACACUCUGCACCCCAGCCCAUCAUUACAGCUCCUUUGGGUUAGAUGAAAUUCCACAGAAAACGAUCACCAACCUUUCCAGGUUGAUAGAAGAGCAGCAGGCCCCAAAGACCGAGCCAAGUAUCUGUGUGGAAUCUUCAGCAAUCCUGGUGCAACAGGCUUUAAGAACAUUGGCUGCUGAAACAACUCGCAUGGAUAUGGAUCAGAAUGCAAUAAAUCAUUUAAAAAAAAAACAGAGGGUGACCUAUCCAACAAGCUGAAAGACUGAUGGUGAGAAGAGAUGGAUUAUGGAACUGUUUGCUGCCUUCUCUUGCCCACUGACAUAUAAAAUGCAACCUGCUACUCUAAAUGCAUGUGUAUUUUUUUUCUGUAGCCUGCACUGGGCAUUUCUAUAAACACAAGAAAUUUUGCUCUGAAUGCUUUGAGUAGCCACACCUCUGAUGUCGCAGGUGCAAACUACGUAGUCCCAGCUCCCUGGUGUCUACACUUAGAGCACAAACAUCGGCAAGGAUGGAACCUUGGUGUGCAUAGCUACAAGUAGUUCCC